AUGCUGGGACUAUCGUAUUGGGCUAUUCCCAUCUUCUCCUCUGUAGUAUGGACUGCCAUGCUUAUAACCAUGUUGGUGUAUUGGGCUACCACGGGGAAACCGCAUUAUGUCACAAUGAGUCAAGGGCAGACGAUUCCAUACAUCUCUGAUAUCGGUGCCGACUACCUGAAAGCCAUGUUCAUAGCCAUGUCGGCUGUCACCGUUGUAACUUUCGACUUCGCUUUCAUCUCCGAGCGCUGGUUGCGACAUUCAGCAAAACUCGCGCCAAACACUUCACACUGGCAAAAGAUAUACUCUAUAUGCGCCACCGUCGCCGCCAUUAUCGGCGCGGCCGGUUUGAUCCUUCUUACCAUCUUCGAUUGCAAGAACCAUAACCGACUACACAACAUCUUCCUUGCUGUCUUUAUUAUCGCCUACAUUAUCAGCGCCAUCUUCAUCUGCUGGGAAUACCAACGCCUGGGCAUUCACUACCGCGAACACUCGGUUCUUCGAAUCUCGUUCUGGAUCAAGCUAUUCUUCAUCAUCACCGAGAUUUGUCUUGCCGUAUCCUUCGCCGUAUGCUCCAAGAAACACCUCUACAACACUGCCGCUAUACUUGAAUGGAUCGUGUCCUUCAUUUACUGCCUGUACGUGUUUAGCUUCUUCAUCGACUUCCUCCCCGCGACACGCACAAAGAACCAUCAGUCCAAGCAGACCGAAAUGCAGGCGUUCGAGGAAGGUCGCCAGCCCGCUCAAUCGCACAUGGGCGACGGCGCAGCAGAUAGUCAGCAGUAUUACCGUGGCAACUCGCAGAUGGCUGUACCACAGGCCAACGGUUACACGAAUGGCAUUGGACACACCAACGGAGCCACCAACGGCUACGUAUCACAUACUGCAAACGGCUACCCAACGCCAGCUCAGGACCCUACCCUCCCCUCCAGGAACUUCUAAUCUUUUUCUUCUGUACGUAUAUGUCGAUUCGAGCUAUCUGUACAUAACUAUACCACUUGCGUUUUGUUUAACACUGUAUAAGAGUACGCAUAUAAUGAAGCAUGGAAGGAUAUUUAAAUUUGAUGACGGUGUACGAGAAGGAGGAGACAAGAAGCAGCAUAAACAUGCAUGACUUGUGUGUAUUGAAAAGGUACACGUUUGUCUGAAUUAGACUAUAGAGUAUCUUUAAGUCCUAUCGAGCAUAAUGAUAUUGCCCCAA